CAAACAUUGCUUUCAAAUAACAAUAAUAAGUAUUUCCACUGUUUUUGGCCUAAAUGUCAAUUCAAGGUUAAAAACAAAAAGUAUUUAAAAAAUCAUCAAAUGAAACAUUCAAAUAUACAAUUUAAAUGUGAUUUCAAUGGUUGUAACAAAAGUUUUACAACGAAUGCAAAUCUAUUAUUUCACAAAAGUUGCGUUCAUUUGAGUGAAAAGCCGUUUAAAUGUAAUGAAAUAAAUUGUGGCAAAAGUUUUGGUCUCAAAUCAAAUCUAAUUCAACACAAAAGAAAUUCAAAUUCAUUCAAAUGUAAUGAAGAAAAUUGCAAUAAAAGUUUUCCGUAUAAACGAAGUCUAAUGGCACACAAAAGCCUACAUUUGGGACUAAAACCAUUUAAAUGUGGUGUAAAUGAUUGUAACAAAAGUUAUGUAACAAAAAAUGUCUUAAAUCGUCACAAAAGUUGUGUUCAUUUGAAGAAAAAA